UUUGCGAACUUUGGUCGAUCCACUCACACAAAACAGAGUGUCGGCGUCGACCUAAAGAAACCCAAGCCAUCGCCGCCAUUCGCGAGCAACCAGCGCCGCCGGAGCCCAAGGUCGGCGUAGUCAUCAAAAUAAACAACACUUUUGGCUUCUGUUCUGUCUCUUCUUCGACCCAGAAACAACACUUUUACUUGUAGCUGUUAUUGUAAUUGAUUUUACAAAUUCAAGAUUUUGAGGAUGUUGCCAAUUGAUCCAACAAAAAAGAUAUCUUUUACUCGUCACAUUUGUGAUGGAGAUUUGGUUAUAGUCUAUGAGAGGCAUGAUAACAUGAAGGCUAUUAAAGUAUGUCAGGGCUCGGUACUCCAGAACCGAUUUGGUGUAUUUAAACAUUCGGACUGGAUUGGGAAGCCUUUUGGAUCCAAGGUGUUUAGCAACAAGAAUGGUUUUGUUUACUUGUUGGCUCCAACUCCUGAAUUGUGGACUCUAGUUCUAAGUCACAGGACCCAAAUUCUCUAUAUCGCUGAUAUCAGCUUUGUGAUAAUGUACUUGGAAAUUGUCCCUGGUUGUAUGGUUCUGGAAUCUGGGACUGGAAGUGGAUCUUUAACUACAUCACUUGCAAGGGCUGUUGCUCCUACAGGACAUGUCCACACGUUUGAUUUUCAUGAACAAAGGGCUGCCUCAGCCAGAGAGGAUUUUGAGAAGACAGGGCUAAGUAGUUUAGUCACUGUGGGAGUUAGAGACAUUCAGGGUGAAGGAUUUCCAGAUGAAUUUUCUGGGUUAGCAGAUUCUGUCUUCCUGGACCUACCCCAACCUUGGUUGGCCAUUCCUUCAGCUGGGAAAAUGUUGAAGCCAGAUGGGGUUUUGUGCUCCUUCUCCCCAUGUAUUGAGCAAGUACAACGAGCCUGUGAUUCCCUUAGAUCAAACUUUACAGAUCUAAAGACAUUUGAAAUACUCCUUCGUACUUACGAAGUUCGAGAAGUGAAAAUGGAUUACAGCCAGGGUGAUGAAACUAAGCCUGGGUCUAUUCUUCCAUGUAAGAGACCUCAGCGUGCUAUUGAAGGAAGCAAUGAUCAAGACAAGUUGAGUUCUCAAACAGUCAUGGCUAGGCCUUGCAGUGAGGCAAAAGGUCACACUGGCUAUUUGACAUUUGCGAGACUCAAAUGCCUCUCAUGAUGUGGAUAGUCUUCCAUUUUGUAGGAUAGUGAGGGUUCUUAUUCUUGUAUCUGGUUCAGGUUCAGUCCAUUUCUCAUGUAAGGAAUUCUUUUGUCAUUCAAAAGUUUUGAAUAUUUUGAUGCGUGAUU